AUGGCAAACGUUCAACCCAUCACUACCACAACUCCUCUCAAUCAACAAGAGUCUGUUAAUGAAGUCAACAGCUUUUUGGAUGCAUACUAUGUCUCUGCUUCAGAAGCAUGCUGGAGAAUAUUCUCCUUCAAGCUACAUAAAGAGUAUCCAACACACCAAAGACUGGCCAUUCAUCUCAAAGACUAUCAGCAAGUUUUUUUCUCUGGAACUGAUAAUCCAGCUGCAACUAUAAGCUUCCAGGAUCUCCAAACUGUAGAAGGCCAACUAUAUGAAACAAAUCAAGCUGCAUGUCAUGCAUUAGGACUCUUGAUGGAUGAUAAUAAAUGGGAAGUAUGUAUGGAAGAAGCAGCAUCAUACCAGCUAUCAUCGUCAUUGAGAUUAUCUUGCAGUGGCUUCACUCUUCCACCUGUUCCUGCUGCAUCAAAUCGAACUAGGCGUAGACAUGGAUUGCAAACAUUGAUGCAUGAGCAAGAAGACCUUUGCCAUGAAGCUGCUUUGUUGCCAGACCCUGCAACUUUGUCAUUUAAUAUUGAUCAGCAAUUGGCAUGUCAUUCAAUCAAAGAAGUAUUGAAUGUAACUACUUUUACAUCAAGACUAUUUUUCAUAGACGGGCUAGGUGAAACAAAAAAGACAUUUGUAUUCAAUGCUCUUUUGUGUCAUGUUUGUCGUCAAGGAAAGAUUGCCCUUGCUGUUGCUACCAGUGGUAUUGCUGCACUACUUCUGGUUGGUGAACGCACAGCACAUUCAUGCAAACUUUCAAACAGUCAAUCUACUGAGACAGCAGAAUUAAUUAUUUGGGAUGAAGCAUCGAUGAUCAGUAAAGAUAUUUGUAAUGCUGUGAACCACUCUAUGCAAGACAUUAUGAAGUCUAGAUAUGUCAACCACCUGAACCUUACAAUCAAUAUGCAAAUUUCUCAAGCAACAAUGCCAGAAGAAGAAACUGAGCUCAGAGACUUUGCUGCCUUUUUGUUGAGUGUUGGCAGUGAUACUAUUCUCAGUUCUGUAUUUGGACAUUGUCAGCUUUAUGUUGCCCUAUCUCGUGUCAGAAAACUGUCAGGAAUCAAAAUUAUGAUGGAUAUCUCUGAUGCUAGCACAACUCAAAAUACUGUCUAUACAGACAAUACCGUAUAUUAUAAAGUAUUUGACGAACCAACAGACUAA